GGAAAAUGAGAGGGCGGGGAGUACACUAGUAAAUACAAAUACAAUAUCCAUGAAAUUAAGUUUUUAUGUGCAAGUCUCUCUGGUGAAGAACACAUGUACACAAACUUCUAACUUUCCAUGAAUCUCUCGUCAAGGACCGAGAUUCAUGGCCUUCACCCCCACCCACAUCCUCUUGCCCCCUCUCUCUCCCUACAAAAACCCUUUGUUUCUCUCUCUAAAACGCCCACUUUUUUGUCACCAAGAACCCAUCUUUCCACCUCUGCACCCCACUACAAGCCAAGAAAUUUCAGGGUUUUCAAUGCCAAGCAAGCCUGGUUUCGAAACAAUGAGCAACAGGGGGUGAUCUACACCGAUGACUUGUCGGAAGACGGAGAGGUGUACAAAAGCACUCUGAGAUUAGUGGAGUGUUCUAUGUUUGCUGCACUUGGGGGAUUGAGUUAUAUUCUGAGUAGUUCUCUUGCAAUUGAGAAUUAUUUUGGAUGUUUCUUCGCAUUGCCAAUAGUAUUCUCCUCUAUAAGAUGGGGUUUAGCUGCUGGAAGAAAAACUAUGGUGGCAACUGCUAUACUGUUAUUUGUUUUAGCUGGUCCAUUAAAAGCUUUAACUUAUCUGUUGAUGUACGGGUUGCUAGGUCUUACUAUGGGUUCUUUGUGGAGGUUAAGGGCAAGUUGGGGCAUUUCUGUCUGUCUGACUGCAGUUGCUCGGGCUUUGGGUGCCACAUGUUAUGUUGUGAUGUACUCAUUCUUAAUUAGAGAAAAUAUUCUCUCUCUGAUCACAAUAAAUAUUCAUGCUAGUCUCACAUAUAUCCUUACAGCAUUGGGAUUUAUCACAAUUCCAUCGAUGAACACUAUAUAUGCCAUCUUCGGGAUUCUGCUUUUGAUGAACUGUGGUUUCUUUGUGUUCUUGCUGCAUCUUCUUUAUUCGGUAUUCUUUACACGUCUUGGAAUGAAAGAAUCACUGAGGUUGCCAGGUUGGUUGGACAAGGCAAUAUAAUGUAGACUGAUUUACUCAAAUUACUUGGGAAGUAUAAAUGAUCGAAUUGUCUGCGGAGCAUGAAUUAAGGUAUCAAGAAAAGGAGUGCUCUGUGAAAAAUUUUGGAAUGUUAAAACACUACUUUUGUUUUACAGAUUUUAUCAAAUCAUUGAUCUCGAUGAAGUUAUCCGACAAAAAAGUCAGAAUAGAAUCAUGGUGCAAUCAAAUGCAACCGAGUACAACCUUUUGUUUCAAACAGUCUUAAAGAAGAGUUUUAUUUGUA